UUUUUUUUUUUUUUUUUUUUUUUUUUUCUCCAUGUUUUGGUUCUGAUAAUUACGAGAUCAUGAGACGACGAAAUGACAAUGAUAAAGACACAGAAGAACGAGCAAGAACCGAGUUUGUAUCAUGUUCUUUAUGGCCCUUAUGUUUAGCGUUGAUGAUGUCUUCUUCCUUUUCUUCGAUUCUUCAUAAUAUCUUCUUUACCUACUCCUCACUUGGAUUUUGUACAAUUUUCUUCUUGGUUGGCACUGUUAGUCUUGCUGCAAGUCACUGUCUGAUGGACCCGGGAAAAGUUUUGGAGAGACGAUACCCCAUAUCUGGCAUGGCACAAAAAAAAUCAUUCAAGCACGACAUGAUCGAUUCCACAUUUCGUGAUUCCUGCUCUCUACUUGUUGAUCAAGAUCUUCAUUACUUCUGGUUCGUAAAGGAAAAGUGGUGGUGGUGGUGACAGAGUUCAAUAUACAUUACAAACCCGAAGCAGAUGAACAGUUGGCAUGAAACCCGGACAGUAGGUGGUCGGCUAGAAAUACCUAUCUACAUUGUCUUUCACAUUCUGUUAGCAAUGACACUUGCUUCAUCUUGAAUCGUAUCGAUGUACUAGGGCCCUUCUCUGUCGACCGAGCGAGCUAUGGCACCGCGACGAAGCGUUCCUAUGGUCGCAACUGUCGAACAUAAGCCAAGGAACAUGCCCUAUAAAUAAAUACAUUCCUC